AUGGAUCCCGUGGCAGCCUUGGAGCUCAGGUCUGUGGAACUGCAGAUCCCCAGGAACAACAAGGACCACCACACCCAGGAGAUGGGCUCAUCGAGGCUCGUCGUGCGCCGUGGCCAGAAAUUCGCUCUAACAUUGUCCUUCAAUCGACCCUUCCAGCCCCAAAAUGACCACCUCACCUUUGUGGCUGAGACAGGACCAGAGCCCACAGAGCUUCUGAGGACCCGAGCCACUUUCUUGCUCAGCCAGACCCGGCACGGGAAUGUCUGGAGUGCUUCUGACUUCACGAUUAACAGCAGCUCUCUCCAGGUCUGGAUUUUCUCACCAGCUAGUGCAGUCAUUGGCCAAUACACACUGAAGACAGAGAUCUCUUGGGGCCAGGGGCCUGGUGUGACCUACCCGCUGGGGAACUUCAUCUUGCUCUUUAACCCAUGGACUAAAGAGGACGACGUCUACCUGCCGAGCGAAAUCCUGCUGCAGGAGUAUAUCAUGAGUGAUUACGGCUUUGUUUACAAGGGUCAAGAAAACUCCAUCACCUCCAGGCCGUGGAACUAUGGGCAGUUUGAAGAGGGCAUCACUGAUAUCUGCUUUGAGAUCCUGGACAAGAGCCUCUACUCCCUCAAGAACCCACCCAGAGACCAUUCUCAGAGGGGCGACGUGGUGUAUGUGUGCAGGGUGGUGAGCGCCAUGAUCAACAGCAAUGAUGACAGCGGCGUGCUUCAGGGCAACUGGGGAGAGGACUACUCGCAGGGCACCAGCCCCCUGGAAUGGAACGGCAGCGUGGCCAUCUUGCGGCAGUGGUCGGCCAGGGGCGGGCAGCCUGUGAAAUACGGACAGUGCUGGGUCUUCGCCUCUGUGAUGUGCACUGUAAUGAGAUGCUUAGGUGUUCCAACCCGAGUUGUUUCCAAUUUCCAUUCGGCACACAACGCAGAUCAGAACUUGACCAUUGACAUCUACUAUAACCGAGCCGCAGAAAUGCUACCGACUCAGAAGCCAGACAAAAUCUGGAACUUCCAUGUCUGGAACGAGUGCUGGAUGAUCCGGAAAGAUCUCCCACCAGGGUACGGCGGCUGGCAGGUUCUGGACCCCACCCCUCAGCAAACCAGCAAUGGGUUGUUCUGCUGUGGCCCCGCCUCCGUGAAAGCCAUCAAGGAAGGGGAGGUCCACCUGGCGUAUGAUACCUCUUUUGUGUUUGCCGAGGUGAAUGCUGACGAGGUCAUUUGGCUUUUUGAGGGUGGCCAGGCCCAAGAAAUCUUGGCCCAUGAUACCAAUUACAUCGGGAAAGCGAUCAGCACCAAGAUGGUAGGGUCAGAUGCGCGCCUGGACAUCACCAGUUCCUACAAAUACCCAGAAGGAUCCUCUGAGGAGCGGUCUGUAUUCAUUAAGGCCUCCCGGAAAUUGCUGGAAUCGAGAAGGAACUCUUCAUCGCUCCUGGAUCUUCUAGGGUCUGCGGCCUUUAAGGAUAAGCCUGUCCAGCUGAAACUCCACCUGGCUAGGGCACCUUUGUGGGGCCAGGACUUGCUGCUCAUGCUACACGUCCAGAGGGCGCCAAACAGAGCCCAUGGUCAGGACCCCAUUGGACUGAUAGUGCGCUUUUCUGCACAGCCCCUGCUGCAUGGCGGAAGCCCUUGGAAACCCUUCUGGAACUAUGUGGUACGCUUGAACGUGGAUUUUGAGAAGGGUUUAGGGCUUCAGCAGCUGCUCCUGCUGCCCUACAGCAAUUACAAAAACAAGCUGACAGAUGAAAAGCUGAUCCGUGUGUCUGGCAUCGCCGAAGUUGAAGAGACAGGGCAGCUCAUUCUGGUCCUAAAAGAUUUCACCCUGGAGCCUCCCCACUUAUCUAUCGAGGUGUUUGAAAGGGCUGAGGUGGGCAAGGCCCUGAACAUCCAAAUCACCCUCACCAACACGCUCAUGGUGCCUCUGAAUAACUGUACCAUGGUUCUGGAGGGAAGUGGCAUCAUCAAUGGGCAGAUAACAAGAGACCUUGGGAUUCUGAUGGCGGGACAAACCAUCCAAAUUCAAAUGUCGCUCUACCCCAUCAAAGCUGGGCCCCACCAGCUACAAGUCCUCAUCAGCAGCACUGAGGUCAAGGAGAUCAAAGGCUAUAAGGACAUCGUCAUCACUGCCGCUCCAGCUUGCUGAGGCCUGCCUUCCUAAUGCCCUCCCCAGUCCACGUCCCGGCCCCCCUUCCCACUCCCAGCAUCACCUCACGGCUUUCUACUCCUCAGGGUGUUGUCACUCAACCUCUGUCAUGGGGACAGAUGGAACUCUGUAGAAGCACUGUGCAUCAUGGGAAGAAACAAUAAAGAUGUGUUAGCGCU